AUGGCUCGACCAAGCGACGUUCCAAUUCCACAAGAACCCAUGUCUCCGUACCCAAUCAAUACGGAGUUCUGUGAUAUCGUAUGUGGUUUUGGCCGUGGCUCCUCGGAACUUGGGAUUCCAACUGCUAAUGUUCCAAUAGAUCAACUGCCAUCAAUUGUUGAAAAGUUGCCACUGGGAGUGUAUUUUGGAUUUUGCCGGGUGGCGAAGGUAGAUAGUGAGUGCACUCGAGUUGUAAAGCGCAAAGAUGGCAGAAGCGUGGAUUACAAUUUUGGCGCAACUCUAAAUAAUAAAGACCUGGAAACGUGGCCAGUAGUCUUAUCGAUUGGGUUAAAUCCCUUCUAUCAUAACAAAGCAAAGACAGUGGAAUUACAUAUCAUGCAUAAAUUCAGUGACGACUUUUACGGCGCGAAGGUCAAAUUCAAUAUUUUGGGGUUCAUAAGGCCAGAGCUUGAUUACACAACUAAGGAAGCAUUGAUAAAAGAUAUAAAUACGGACAUUGAAAUUGCGAAAAAGACGCUCAAUACGCCUCCAUACUCAGAAUAUAGUCAUCUUUAG